AUGGAAGUUCCGCUCCAAAUUUUUCGAAAAAACGAGACAGCUAUUGAUACCACUGAUGUUUUCACAACUUCACAGAGAUUUGUCACACGGGAAGAAGUUAUCCGCUGGGUUAAAGAGACCGGAAUCAACAAUAAAGUGACUGUUAUCAUAGCGCGUUCAGACACUGAAACAGGCAAAAGAGGAAGAAGUAACAAAGUUAUAUUUGCGUGCAAUAAAGGUAGAAAAUAUAAGGAUAAAAGUGAGACUCAAAGUGCUACUAAGAGAUGUGGAUGUCCAUUCAAAAUCAGAUCGACUCCGGCAAAAGAUGGGUCUGGAUGGAAGGUUGAUGUAAAAUGUGGAGUUCAUAAUCAUGGUUUACCAGAUAGAUUAGAAGGCCAUUCAUUUGUUGGUAGGUUGACAACAGAUGAGAAGCAGCAUGUUGCUGAUUUGACAAAGAGACAUGUUCUGCCUAGACACAUAUUGAUUUCCUUGCAAGAGAAACUGGAUGAUUGUGAAGUUGUGAGAGAUAUUUUUUGGGCUCAUCCAGAUUCAGUAAAGUUGGUGAAUCUUUUUCCUACUGUCUUGAUUAUGGACUCCACUUAUAAGACCAACAAAUAUAGACAACCUCUGUUUGAAAUAGUUGGUAUGACAUCGACCGAGUUGACAUUUGCGGUUGCAUUUGCUUAUAUGGAGUGUGAGCAGACAGAGAGUUAUAUUUGGGUCUUGGAUAAGCUGAAGCAAUUGUUUGUGAAGAAAGAUGUGGUUCCACAAGUGAUUUUGACGGAUAGAGAUCUUGCUUUGAUGAAAGCAGUUGAAGUUGUUUUUCCUACGACGCAUAACUUGCUAUGUCGUUUUCAUAUUAACAAAAAUGUUGGGAUGAAAUGCAAGGAAUAUGUGAUGAAAGACAUGCAAGAGACGAUAGGCACAUUGUGGAAAGAUGUUGUAUGGGCUAGUAAUGAGGUUGAGUAUGGUGUACGGUUGCAAUAUCUUGAACAAGCAUGCUUUGCUUGUACUGACUUCCUCGGUUACGUGAAGAACACUUGGUUGAUCCCACAUAGGCAAAGAUUUGUAGGCGCGUGGAUUAAUCUAGUGCUUCAUUUUGGUAACACCACGACAAAUCGGGUUGAAUCUGCACAUUGGAAGCUAAAGCAGAUGAUAGGAAACAGCCUUGGUGACAUGGUCAAAGUUUGGGAAGCUAUGAAUUCUAACCUAAAAAUCCAAAUAGGUAACAUUCGAGCUUCGUUUCAAAAAAGUUUUUAUGAGGUUGAGCACGCACACAUUAGUCCAUUUUAUGAUAAUUUGCGUGGUUCAGUAUCGAGAGCUGCUUUGAGACGCAUUGCAGAAGAUUUAUUGAGGCUUGAUUAUGUGUUAAAUAGUAGGGAAAAAUGUGGUUGUACUAUGAGAACAAGUUAUGGGCUACCUUGUGCUUGUGAGAUGGGAAGAUCGAUUGUUGUUGGAAUCCCAUUACAAAUAGAAAAUGUUCAUCUUCAAUGGAGGAUACUAUCUAUGGAAGGUGACUUGCCUUUAGAUGAGGAAGCUGGUUCGGAGGUGGAUAUGAGUAAUGCAAUUGAUGAAUUGUGGAGAAGGUUUAAAUCACUAGAUGUUGUUGGAAAAAGAGCAUUGAAAAGUAGGGUUUGUGAAAUUGCAUAUCCCACAACAACUUCAUUGUGUCCACCACCUGAGAAAAUAAAAACUAAAGGCGGAGUGAAGAGGAAAGGGAAGAAACCAGUUGGGUAUGAUGUUUAUAGGGAUCCUUCAGGUUUUGAGUAUGCUGAUCAGGCGUCUCAAUCUUCACAAAAACAAUCGCAAGCAUCACAAACUUCCAAGAAGCAAUCACAAUCAAAGAAGCAAUCACAAGCAAAGGACGAGGAUUUCACUCUUCAGUUUCCUUGUCAUAUUAGGCCAUAUAUUACCGAGAUUGUUAAUGUUGUAGCAGAUGGUAAUUGUGGAUUUAGAGCCAUUGCGUCGUGGCAUGGGUAUAGUGAGGAUGGUUGGGCAAUGGUUCGUCGUGACUUGGACAUGGAAUUAAGAGAAAAGAAGGACUUAUAUGAGAGAUUGUUCGGUCUAAGUUUAUCCGAAGUGAGAAAUGGAUUGUUGAUAGAUCAUGUUGGUUUUCAACCACCGCAGAAAUGGUUGACACUACCAGAGAUGGGUUAUUUGAUAGCGAAUCGGUAUAACAUCAUUCUUGUGCUGCUUGGUAACCCUUGCUUGACUUUUUUUCCUAUGACAACAACAUUUUCUCCAAGUGCUCCUACAUAUUGCAUUGGCCUUGUCAACAGGAAUCAUUAUCUUCGGUCUAUAUGCAUCCACCUUGAUGGCCCCCUGUCUGUAGAACCAUCUCAACGCCCUCGGAAGCCCUAG